CAUCUCCGUGUAUGGAACGUUAUGUUUUUUGGGGGGGAGGGGGAUAGGCUUUGGCAUUUUCUCGCCAGUUUCCACUUUCCACUGUCAAGACUUGGUCCGGUCCUUGACGCGUUCGAAAUUUCGAAUUUAUCUCUCUCUCUCUCUUCUCUCUCUCUCUUUCUCUCGGCUCUCGCUCGGUGCUCAACUAUAGAGCUCUUUUCCUCUCGUCCUCAGUCUCUCUCAAAGCAACAGAUUCUUUGGAUUGCCUUUUAUCCUCCGUUUUUGCAACUAUUUUCUCUACAAUAUCAGGAAUUUUAACUGAUUAUUAAUCAAUUGCUUGAUCAUCUUCAUUUUACUCGUGAAAGAAUGUUUGGUUUGAAAAAAUCUCCCUUGAAGGUUGGCAAGCAUAGCAAGGUUGACCCUGGAUACACCGAUCCUCCUCGUUCUAAUCCUUUUGAUUCUGAUGACGAGUUGGACAAUAAGAAAACCCUUAAACCUCCUAGGAAAACUUCUUCAGAACCCAAUCUGACAGCACCAAAUGUUAGUACCAAUCCUUUUCAUGAUGAUGAAGAAAGAGGGACAUCUUCUUCACCUUUGUAUUCUGUCACUUCAGCAGCAAGAAAUAAGUACAAGAAUGAUUUCCGUGACUCAGGAGGAGUAGAGAACCAAUCAGUGCAAGAAUUGGAGAACUAUGCUGUAUACAAGGCUGAGGAGACUACAAAAGCAGUCAAUGGCUGUCUGAAGAUUGCUGAGGAAAUCAGAGAGGAUGCUACCAAAACUUUGAUCACCUUGCAUCAGCAGGGGGAGCAAAUUACCAAGACCCAUAACGUUGCGGUUGAGAUGGAUCAUGAUCUUAGUCGGGGAGAGAAGCUUCUAGGAAGUCUUGGGGGCAUGUUCUCUAGGACUUGGAAGCCAAAGAAGACCCGUCCAAUUACAGGCCCUGUUAUUACAAGAGAUGAUUAUCCCAAAACAAGAGGUGGCCACAUGGAGCAGAGGGAGAAGCUGGGAUUGAAUCCUGCACCCAAGGGAUGGUCCAAUAGUCAGACACCCCUGUCUGAACCUACUGAUGCAUUCCAGAAAGUUGAGGUGGAAAAAGCAAAGCAAGAUGAUGCACUCUCAGAUUUGAGUAAUCUAUUGGGAGAGCUGAAGGACAUGGCAGUUGACAUGGGGACUGAAAUUGAGAAACAAACAAAAGCUCUGGAUCACUUCCAGGAUGAUGUGGAUGAACUAAAUUUCCGUGUUAAAGGCGCAAAUCAACGUGGCAGACGUUUGCUGGGAAAGUAGUGUGCAGGUUUUCAAACUUGUUGAAUACUGAUACCCCCCCCCCCCCCCCCCCCUCCUCUCUCUCUCUCUCUCUGUGUGUGUUAUUCAUCUGCAUGUAUGGAUUUGGAUUCAGAUUUUCUUCCACUGAUGUAGGAUAACUUUUUUGUUCUUUGCUCCACCUUAAGAUUCAUACAAGAUUGGAAAUUUGAUGGUACAUUCUCAAUGAGGGAUUCAUUUGCCUUAAAUUUAUCCCUUUUUUCUUC